UAGGUAUAAUUCAUUACGCGUGGCUUGCUUCAUCCAAAUUCUGAGAAAAACGGAAGUUGAGUGCGAUUCUUGGAAAGCGUAACGCUAGUAAGUGACGAUCUCUGUUGCCCUUCGACUGUCUAUAAAUGCUACGCGUACUUCAUGUGAUGUACCUCUCUCUUAAAGAACGAAACCAACGCACACCAACUUGAUCGAGGAGAUUUUCACGUUGGUUUAAGGUCUGCCAUUUUGUAGUCAUGGCGCUGCAUUACUCUCCACAACUGUUUGAUGUAAACACGAAUUCUCAGUUGAAGAUGUUGAAUUUUAUGGAGAGUACAUCGUUCUUUGACAAGAGCUGUGGUCAGCAAACGGCGAAGUUUUUCAAUGGCUUUCCUCAACCGUUUGGAUUUGACGAUAGAGCGAACAUUUUAGAAGCUCGUUCUGCUCCAACAAGCAAUUCAGAGCUCUUCACUAAUGGUAUAUUUGCCUCGACAAAUGGGAUUCCUAGCUUUGGGCUGUCAAAUGGCCUCAGAAAGACCCAUGAUGUAACAGCCAUAAGCAAUGGUUAUGUUGAUUACCAAGUAAUAUCUCGCAAUGGUAUUCAUGGAACAGAGGAGCGUGAACCAAGCCCAGAACUGACGGUCGGUCACGGGAGACCAAAGUCUUCCCCGAGGCAACAGAAGCGAAGCGGCUCAGAUUUUGAGAAUGGCGAGAAUUUGAGUUACGGCUUAUUCCCGUUUACUCCAGAGACAAGCGACAAACUGAAGCAAAUUGAAACUCCAAGACAUGGUGUGACCAGCGAGAGACAGGGCACAGCCGACGUUAUCAACUCGCAAGUGCUCUCGGGUCUCAAUUCAUCAUUCGCCUUCAGACUUGGUGGCAAGGAGGGUAUCGCAGACCCAAUUCCUCGAAGAUGGUCCGAUGUAAGUCUUGAAAGGUAUUCAUCGAAAUCUCCACCUUUGCAUGGCAAAGCUCCAGGCUACCUUCAAAGGGCGUCCGUUAGGAGUCAUUCCGAAAGCGAAGUCGUUUCAUCAGGCUCCAACCUGAACGGACGUCAGCAAAUUCUACGCAGAAAUGUCCCAGAAGGAUCUUUGGGAUCCCAGCCAAAACUUGGAGACCUUCAAGAAAGUAUUCUUCAACUGUUGCAAAUGCAUGAACCGCUGGCACCCUUGCAGAUUGUCGAAGCUUUGGGCCGUGGGACAAGGGACGAGAUUCACCAGGCGCUUUGUGCACUCCAUACCAAGGAACGUGUCAAAGCUUUCCAAACCAAUGGGACGACAGUAUGGGCCUUGAUUUCGCAACCUACCUGUGAUUGGCGAGCGAGUCCAGGGGUCAUCGGUGGCGAAAGAAACAAGAAGUUUUUUGGACGGGGUUCUUUUGAAGAACUCUACGGCCUACCAAGGAGGAAUUUUUCUGUUCUUGGAUACGAUAAUAGACCAAGGAAAGCCCCACGUGCCAUCGAUGGCCAGAAGGUAUGGCUGCGUUCUAAUGGACACAGUCCAACACCAGUUGAAAAGAAUUCUUGGACUUACUGCAGAUUGUGCAAAUUUUCGUUUGCCUCGGAAUCACAAUAUGAGGAGCACCUUCGCACUACGAAGCAUCAAAACAAAGUGGCCAAGUUUAGUCCGACUUCCUACAAGAAGUACUGCGAGUUCUGCAACGUGAACCUGAAUUCCGAGUCGCAAGCCAACGAGCACUUCAACAGCGCUAGACACGAACAGACUGUGGCCAAGUCGCAAAAAGCACCCCCACAGCAACAUCUGCCACUGAUCAAAGCCCCCAAGGAAUUUUUCAUGGAGCAGUUCACAAGCACCCAGCCGUUUAAUUACCAGUUAGAGUUGUAUAGAAAAGCUAUGUUGACCAAUGGUGUUUGCUUUUUACCAACUGGAACGGGGAAAACACUUGUAGCUGCUCAGGUCAUUGCCCACAUGCUGAAGUUAAACCCAUCUCGACAAGUGGUGUUCUUGGUGGAUCGAGUUCUCCUCGUUCUCCAACAAAGCGACUACCUUAGAAAGGAACUGGGACAUAUUCGAGUAGCAGACGAGCGAGGGUCUUUUGAGAGCACCAGGUCUAUCCGCAUUGGAGCGGUCUGCGGGGAAAUGAGGAAACUGGAGGGAAACGCACGCAUUUACGAGCAGGACGUGCUGAUCAUCACAGCCGACUGCUAUCGGAAUCAUCUGAAUAAUGGCACCCUUCGCUUUGAUGACGUGUCUUUGAUUGUGUUGGAUGAAGCACACCAUUGCAACAAGGAUCAUCCCUACAACGUCAUUAUUCGGGACUUUUAUCUCCAGGAAGAUGUCCAUCUGGGGCAUCGACCCAAGAUCCUUGGACUGACAGCAUCUCCAGCUGGGGAGACGUCUUUGGAAAAAACCACCAGAAGAUUACAAAGGCUAUUGGGAAACCUCGGAGAGGCGGAGCUGUUAGUCGUGACGAGGAAUGGGCUAGAACUGGAAGAGAAGACCAACAGGGCAACUCCUGACUGCAUCUCUGCUUCGUACACCACUCAAGAGAGUAAUCUCUUGGAAAUUCUCGUGAAAUAUGUCACUAAAGCGUUCAACCUGACCGUUCGUUUGAGCGACAUGAAGGACUUCAAAGACAUUUUUCAACCUUCCUCUGGAGGUCCGUUCAGCUUCGAUGACAUCUACCCAGUUCUUGGUGUCAUUGACAAUAUCUUACUCUCGCAACCUGAGUCCAACGCGUUGAACGCCUUGCUUCACUUCCAGCUGCUCUGUGAGGCUGUAUGCACUUUGCAGGAGUGUGGUGAACAAAUAGCGUUGUAUCAAAUGACAGAGCUUGCACAAGAGGCAUGUCCUCACGGCUUCCAUUGGGCAGAAAGUAUGGGUCUUCCCUGCGGCGAAGUCAGGGCAUAUUUGGAGCAUUAUCUCAGACAAGGUUUUCCAUCGAUCAUUGAAUGUAGAAACUCAGGAGCAGAGCGGCUCAUGGAACAGUUAGUGAGAAUAAACUGGACCGGAGUUAUCGGUCGAAGCAGUUGUCUUGCCCUGGUACUCGUCAAACGACAACACACUGCACGAUGUUUGUCGGAGUAUCUUUCAAAUCAAGGCGAGCUUAUUUCUCGCGGUGUAAGGACCACAUUCAUAAAUGCUGGCAGAUCAGCGGAUAAAGGACUGACUUAUCCCUUGGAAAUAGACCCAGUCGCACAAACACGCGAGGGAAAAUUUCAGAUUGUCGUCACUACAAGCUUAGCCGAGGAGGGACUGGACCUCCCUGAGCCCCAGUGGGUGUUCCAUAUGGAUCCGUCAAGCCCGGUCCAAGCCCUCCGGGAGAUACGCGGUCGAGCACCCCUAAAUGGAUCCAGGUUUGUUGCUAUCUGCCGGAACAACGAACAGACCAAGAAAAUUGACGAUUUGUUAAAGCGAGAGGAAAAUAUGAAGCGCUCCUCAAAACUCAUAAUAAGUAAUUUGUGAGUAAUCUGUCAGUUUCAAAUGAAUCUUUCAGUCCAGUCCACUAAUCUUAUUUUAUCGGGUGUUCAAAUGUUAAAAAAUCGAUCGAAAUAUCGCUGAGUUAAUGUAUCCUGGCUGUUUACGAAGCCCGACUAAAUCAGGAAAUGCGGCGUCUUUGUAAGAACAAUGUGUUUGAACCCAAAUUUACAAAAAAAAAAAGACUCAUAAUCUUUAAAAGUAUAGGGAAGGAAACAUGAAAUUACAUUCACGAGUUGCGAGGAAAAUCGUCAUAUACGAGAGUCUUGAUUUAAGAAUACUGCGUUCGAAUUUUUCCUCUAUGAACAGCCAUAGACCAAUGAAACAUUGCUAUCUUUUAUUUGAUUACCAUUUAUCCAUAAAAGUCUUACCAUUGUCAGUAAGAUGUUACAUACGCAAGAGAGAUUGGGAUCAAUAUCAGUACCUGGGCAACUGCCCACCUACCCCUUCCCUAACCCAACAUUAACCCUUACUUGUAAUCAAUUGACUGUUGUUGAGUUAGGGGAGGGGUAGGUGGGCAGUUACCCAGGUACUGAUAUUGAUCCAGAGAUUGUUAAUAUCGUUGGUACUAUUUCGCUUUUAUUUUGGGGUUAAUAAUAUUCAAGGAGAAAUUGAAUUAAUAAGUUUUAUUUGAUAUAUGACAACAAGUGUAGGUUUGAUCCGGACAGAAAAAGGCUAACCUUCCGGGUUUGUCAUAUGAAGCGAAAACAAUUGAUCUAAAUUGUAAUGAAUUAAAUCAAAGGCGAAAUUGAAUAAUGGCAAGAUUAUAUUUGAGUGCCUAAUUUAAAUGUCCAUACAUCCCUAUUUACACAGUUUGAUUAACAAUAUGUGGUGAGUUGCUUUGAGUAAAUUUAAUUCCGAACUCGCAGACCUUUUUACAGCUUAUUGGCGCCAUCAUAAUUUCGCUGGUAACUUUGAGCUUCGAGGUUGUUCUUAAGAAUCUUUUAUAUUACAUUUAUUUCUUCAUUGCGUAGUUAUGUUCAUAAAAUAUGGCGCCUUACGCUGAAAUUAAGUCUUUUGAUCAAUGGAACUUGUUGUUAAAUAUGAAGAAAGUCUUCAGAUUUGAACUGUUUAAACCCAAUGUGUUUGAUACGUAUCAAAAGAAAGGAGACUUUGACCGCGAUUUCAGUAUUCCACGCGGAUGUAUUUUUCGAUUGCUACGGGAUUACAGCAAAAAUUUAAUACGAAAUCGCAUUUCACUAAUGUGCAUAAAUGUCCAGAUAGUCGUAGAGACUUUUUAGAAGUAAAGAAUAAGCUGUUUUUGUAGAAUUUUCGCACGCUGAGCAUCAUGAACGAGAAAAUUAAACAGAAUUUGAAACUUAUUCAAAAACAUUCCUUCCUUUUUUUUUUCAAUUUGAUCUUUAAAUCCUCACGAAAAUUUUCAGGAUCAGUCAUGUCAGGUUUGAUGUCAAAAAACUAUAUUAAAAAAGUAUUUUAGGUCUAGGUAAUGCAGAUUGUUGGACUGCCAAAUAAGUUUUGAAAAGCAACAAGAACAGCGGAAUAGUGUACUGAUAUCAAAGAAGUCAUGUCGUUGUUACUACGGUUCGG